UUAAAAUUGCCUCAAUUGAUACGAAUUUGAUUAUAAUCUGAUUUGUUUUUUUUUUAAUCCAGUUUUUAUUCAAAGUGUGUCUUAUUUUCUGGUUGUUUUUGCGUUUGUAGUGGCAACGAUUGACGUUUGUGCAAUGUCAAUAUUUAUGUUUUGUUUGGAUUUGCGGUUCGAUUUUUGUACAAAAAACACUCAUUGGGCCCCCUUGUGACCCGAAGUAACAUGUUUUGCAGCCAAAGAGCGCAUUUCGUGCGAAUACAUGCGGUGGCGGUUUCAACUGUCAUAUCUGGUCACCAUGGCAACCCUCAUCGUGGUAUACAAACAAUCCAAGAGCACCAGUUUCUGCAGUCAUGAUUCUCAGCAGGGUGAAGCCCGCAAUCAGUGCUACCAAUGACUCGGCAGCUUCAGUUGGGGACGCCGGCUCCGACAACGCCCCCAAGUUCGAAGACUACUUGAAAAAACGGGAUUACACAGGAGCCAUGACCCUCCUAGAGUUCAUGCAAAUGCAAGAACCUGACAUGAACAUUGAUUUAUGGAUGAGUUACUGCGCCUUCCAUCAAGGCAACUACAAAAAAGCGCUAUCAAUCUAUGAAAUGCUAAAAAACAAACCUGAAGUGGACAACGUCGUCGUAAAUUUAGCCUGUUGCUAUUUUUAUUUAGGGAUGUAUGAAGAAUCAAAAGAUUUGUUACAAAAAGCGCCCAAUAGUGGUCUCAAAACCAGACUUAAUUUUCAUUUAUCGCACAAAUUGAGAGACGAGGGGGCUCUGAUGGAGCACCACGAGCAACUGCAAGACGUGCUUGAAGACCAGCUGAGUUUGGCCGCGAUUCAUUAUUUGAGGGCUCAUUACCAAGAAGCGAUCGACAUUUAUAAGAGAUUGUUGCUCCAAAAUCGAAAUAAUCUUGCGCUGAACGUCUACGUAGCUCUGUGUUACUAUAAACUGGACUACUACGACGUGUCUCAGGAGGUUCUCACGCUUUAUUUAAACCAGUAUCCGGACUCGGUGAUUGCUACUAAUUUAAAAGCCUGCAACCACUUUCGACUGUACAAGGGUUCAGUCGCCGAAAACGAGCUCCGCUCCAUCGUCGAACAAAGCGCCAACGUCGGUUUCGGCUAUGACCUAGUUAAACACAAUUUAGUCGUUUUUCGGGAUGGUGAAGGCGCCAUGCAAGUUUUCCCGUCUCUGGUGGACGUCAUCCCCGAAGCUCGACUAAAUCUGGUCAUUCAUUACCUGCGAAACGACGAUAUAAAGGAAGCUUACGAUUUAUUGCAAGAUCUGCAACCAGCAGUACCCCAGGAGUACAUUCUCAAGGGGGUCGUGAAUGCCGCCUUAGGCCAAGAACUCAACUCUCCUGAUCAUAUUAAGACAGCUGAAGAAUGCUUCCAACUGGUGGGAAGUUCGGCUAGUGAAUGCGACACCAUAGACGGGAGACAGUGCAUGGCGGCAUUUUUUUUCCUAGCGGGACAAUUUGAAGAGGUCUUGGUGUAUUUGUCGUCAAUCAAGAGUUUUCUCCACUCAGACGACACCUUCAACUUCAACUUCGCUCAAGCGAAAACCGCGUCCAACCAGUUCAAGGAAGCCGAAGAAAUUUUUCUUCUCAUCCAGAACGCGAAGAUCAAAGAGAGCCCGAUUUACAUCUCGAACCUGGCGCGCUGCUACGUCAUGAACGGGAAGCCGGAGCUGGCCUGGGAGUUGUACUUGAAGAUGGAGAGCAGCGCCGAGAGUUUCAAUUUGUUGCUUUUAAUCGCGAACGACUGCUACAAGAUGGGGCAGUUCUGGUACGCGGCGAAGGCCUUCGACAUGUUGGAUCGGUUGGACCCCAAUCCCGAGUUCUGGGAGGGCAAGCGGGGGGCCAUCGCGGGGGUGUUCCAAGGGGUGGUGGCGCAGAAGUUCCCGGUGGACAUGCUGGGGGAUGUGCUGCAGCUGCUGAGGAGCAGCACGUCGACGCAGGCCGACCAGAUGGCGAAGGUGAUCAGGCAGUGGGUGAAGGAGACGAGGGUGGCGGGGUCGUAAAUAAAGAGUGUUUGGA